CUCAUCUCUAUUACUGUCUAACCCCAGAAGUUCUACCUCUACACUUCUUACAAUGUCCAAGUCCCCCGAGCCAUGUACCUGGAAAAACGGCUUCCGACAGCCCUCUGCAGGCGAGCCUUGGAGAUAUCCCAAGCCUGAUGCAGAAAUACUCCCUAAUCCUCAAUCGCACCAUGUGACUCCUCCCUCUGUUGAUAUCGUGACUUCGUCUGUGCAUAAUUCCCUUGGGGAGAGCAGACUGCGGUCAUGGCACACCAUCUUCAACGGCACGAACUCGCCCGCUGGACCACUGGGUUGGUGGGAACCAUCGAGCGAGGUGGAUGUGCUCAUUUUAGGAGCCGGACCAACAGGUCUAGAAAUCGCUCUCAGCCUUGUCCGCCAGGGCGUUAAGAUCCGGAUUCUGGACAAAACCGAAAGGCCUCUGCCUACCGGCCGUGCCGAUGCUGUAUUGCCCCGAUACUUGGAGCUCCUUCAUGUCAGUGAGGAAGGGCCCCUGAUCGAGCGGACGGCGAUCUGGCGAGACGGAAAGGGUCAGCUGGAGCGGAUCUUUGUCCGAGAUCUGCUGCGGCAUCAAGUGCUGGUCGAGCGUUGCACGACUCUUCAAGAGUACAGGGUUUCUGAAUCUCCUGGAGAUCCUGAAAGGCCUGUCCGAGCGGUUAUUCGAGAUAACCGGACCGGUGAGACAGAGACCGUUCGCGCCAAGUUUCUGGUUGGAAGCGAUGGAGCUGCGAGCAUGAUCCGCAAGAAGCUCAAUAUCCCCUUCCAUGGCGUGAGUACGGAUAUGUGUUGGGGCAUCAUGGACGGGAUAUUCGAGUCUGACUACCCUCAUGCGUGGAUCUUUGGCGGCUAUCUGAGUACGGAGCAUGGACGGGAUAUUCGGCUGUAUACGCAGCUCAACUUGCCACUGAUUGAGCGUAUCGCCAAAGAACGACAGGAACGGGAUCCUUCCUUCAAGGAAGCUGGAGGCAAGGUGGAUACUAACUCCAUCACGCCCGAUGAGGUCCUCGAGCAGGCGAAUCGCAUCUUUACACCGUAUACUGUCCAGGUUGCCUCGCCGCUGACCUGGUUUGCGAUUUGGAAAGUCAGUGAGCGAGUUGCAGAGGCCUUUUCCUCUGAUGAUCUGCGAGUUCACCUCGCAGGUGAUGCUGCCCACGUCCACAGUGUUUUCGGAGCCUUUGGAUUCAACGCCUCAAUCCUCAACGCCUCUAACCUAGCCUGGAAACUCGGCUAUUGCGCGCGCAACCUAUCCCCAAUCUCAGCCCUCCUUCCGACGUAUGAAUCGGAACGCCGUCUGCAUGCCGCCAACGUCGUCGAGAUAUCCGGCAAAUACCUCCGCUACUGCUGCAACUCCGAUGCUCCCGUGCUGUACACCCACUCGCUGGGAAAGGACCUGGGCGCCGAGGCUAUCCAACACGCCGUGCGCGGGGAACCUUACAGCCUAUUCCCACCCGGCACUUCAUUGCCCGAACACCUCUACUUAGCAGACUUCUACACCAAGUACGGCGCCUUCAUGCUCGGACUAGAUGUUGCCUACGGAAAGUCCGCCUUAUGCCGUCGCCACCCCUCCGCAUCAGACCUCGAGACAUCGCCAGUUGUGGCUGUCGACAGCGGUGUUCGCGCGCCGAACCCGCGGGUGAGUCUCAACCGCAAAAGCACAGGCUAUUUGUAUGAUGUAAUGCGCGGCGCCGGGUUCUUUCACCUGGUUCUGUUCGUCUCCUCCUGGGAGGGCGCGGUGGCCACUUAUGUCAGGCGGUUUGCGCAGGCGCUGGCCAAUCCGAAUGGGUUCUAUGUUCGCUUUGGAGGUCGCAGAGUGUUUAAUGUUGUGGUUGUGACGAAGUGUCUGCCGUUUGAGAUUGAAGAGAGGCUGGCAGACCCGGCGUUGCAGGCUCUGAAGGCGAUUGCUACGGUCGUCUCGGAUGAUCGUGCGCCGGAUGAGGACGGGCAUACCGUGUGGGGGGUCGAUCAUGGCACCGGGGCGGUUGUCGUUGUCAGGCCUGACCUCUGGGUAGGAUGUAGUGUUCGACCGGAUCGGGUGAAGGACCUGGAUGAGUAUUUUGCGGGGUUUUUGAUCCCGCAGUUAGACGGGAGGGAGUUGGGGAAGGGGCAGGUUGUUGAAUGGGGCAAGCUAGGUGGUCUAUAG